AACGUGACAUCUACACGGUUCACGUCUAAGCAGCGCAACGGCAUCAACAAGCUCAUUAGAGCGAGAUAAACAAAUUAUCUAAAUGAAGUACCGCGCUUCGGUUGCGUUACGAUGCUAUAGUCUGCUGGAUUAGAUGUGCAGCAUAAAAAGUUACAUGCUAGGGUGAAAUAUUGUGAUUAAAAUGAUUCUUGUUCUGGAAUUUAGCGCAGGAGCUCACUUGACAGGUGGAAUGUAAUUGGGUUUCUUAUGAGCUGGCUAACACAGCUAGCUGCCUACAGAGGUCUGAGUCUGAGAAUAAGAUGCAUUUCACUUCGAGCACACUUAGGAUGCAUGCUUAGGCGUAUAUAGAAAUAUGCUAGGAUGUUCAAAAAUGUGUUCGGAUCAGGAUUCCUGGUGAGGACCGCUCAUGUCAUCUUGACAUGGGUUAUAACGUUGAUUCUCUUCCUCCACGACACCGACCUCCGCAGACAGGAGGAGUUGGGGGAGCUCACACUGCCCGUUCUCUUUGUGCUGCUGGUCCUGGUGUCCGUGUUGCUGUACUUUGCAGUUUCUCUCAUGGAUCCUGGCUUUGUCCUGUCUGAUGACUGUGACUUGCAGUUCACACUUGGUAUUGCAGAAGAAACGCAGGAUAUGAUUCCACAGAGCACCAAGUCCAUACGUCUACGGCGCUGCGGACGCUGUCUGGUACAGCAACCCAUGAGAUCCAAACACUGCCAGACGUGUCAGCACUGUGUGCGGCGCUAUGAUCAUCACUGUCCCUGGAUAGAGAACUGCGUUGGGGAGAGAAAUCACCGCUGGUUUGUGCUUUAUUUGGCUGUCCAGCUUGUUGUCUUACUGUGGGGACUGUACAUGGCCUGGUCUGGCUUCAGUCACGCUCCCACCUGGCAGCUGUGGUUGAGGAGCAACGGUGUGCUCCUGGGAGCAGCGGCGGCGGUGGCUGUCCUGUCCCUGACCGUGCUUCUCCUCCUGGGCUCUCACUUAUACCUGGUGUCCCUGAAUACCACCACAUGGGAGUUCAUGUCUCAACACCGAAUCUCUUACCUCAAGCACUGCGGUGUGGAUGAAAACCCUUUUGACCGCGGGACCCUGCGCAAUCUCUGGAGCUUCUUCUGCAUUUGGGAACCAGUGGUUUGGGAGCAUGUGUAUUUCAAGCAAGGCAACGAUACGAUUUAAUUUCCUUGGAGUCACGACUGCUGUGACAAAAAAAAACCAUUGGACGGAAGUCUAAUUCCAUUUUGAAAGCGAUUGUUAAAUGCAUGAACUUUGUCAUUGCAAUGACGAUUUAUCAGGCGUAAUCAAAUAGGUCAGAAUGAGCAUUUUUAUUAAGGUGUUUUGUGAAUAUUUUGCCCACAUAGAACUUUGACAAUUAGUCUGUGCUGAUUUUGCACAUUUUAAUAGCCAAUGGAGAACAAAAAUCACAAUAGCGUUUUUCAGAGCUGAAUUGUGGUUUCCAAUUAAUGCAAUACAAAGAGAUGAGAUUAAAAUGUUAUAUGCUAACUAUUUAUUAUCUUGGCUCUGCUCCUGUAAUUUCUUUCAUGGUACUAAAAAGCUGUUGGACAAAAGUAAUUGAGAUAGACAGUCUGUCAGCUUAUUUUAUAGCAGCAGCAGAUGAUGAUGAACUGUUACAUCAGCAAUCAUUUUGUGCAAUUAUUGAACUUGUAAAAUACAGUCAGUUGUAUAUACUUUUUACAGUUUUAUUUUUAUUUUACUUUUUUAGAAAAUUGACAUCCCCUUUUAAGAUCCAUUUCAAACAGGGUAACAAGAAGUUCAUGUUUAUAAUACAAAUAAUUUCCUAUAACACUUUAUAUAUCAUUGGUGAAAUUUCAAUAUGCUUGUAAUGUGACUUUAUAAUAUUAAAUCUUCUGGUUUAUCUAGACCUAACAUAAUCAACACGUUUAACAUAAGAAAUGAACAUUAAUUGACAAUUUAGAAUACCAAUAUAAUACUGUAAUGUUCAACAUUACAGACAUUGUUUUUUUUUUUUUUUUUGGUGAAAAACUAUUUAUUUUUAUAUUAAAAGGUCCUUUCCUAUUACACAUCAGCAUCUUAAAGAGAAAGAUGAAAGUGCAUGUGACACGUCUUUGACUGUUAGAUCUCUGUCCAUUUCAGACAGCCAGAGAAGAGCGAAGUAAUGUUUUGUUGAUAAAUGCAGUACAGUGUUACUUAAACAGUUAGAAUUUUCUCUAAAUAUCAGAGUCAUAAAAAGCAAUAAUUGUUUUUGCUUUUACGUCAUUUCAUUUUCUUUAAAUUGUUUCCUUAACUUUUACACUUUAGUGUUUUUAAUGUAUCGGUAUUAAUGCUGAGAU